AUGAAAAGAAAAAGUAGUUACCAUCAGAACAAUAAUAAAUAUGAAGCUAAUGAAAGUUCUAAUAAAUAUGAUGAAAAAGUAAAAAGUAAACACAGAGGUUCAGAUAUAAUAACAGUCAAUGAUAAAAAGAAAGACGAUGACAGUUAUAAAAAGAAAGACGAUGACAGUUAUAAAAAGAAAGACGAUGAUAGUUAUAAAAAAAAAGAAGAUGAUAAAAAAAGCUCCAAAAAAUAUGAACGUAAAAAUGAUAGUACAUAUGAAAAUCGAAAAAAUCAUGAAAAAAAAGAUGAUGAACAUUCAAAAAAUGACAACAACAACAACAAUAAUAAUAAUAAUAAUAAUAAAAGAUAUGAACAUAAAAGUUAUGAUGAAGAAAAAAGUAAAAAAAAAUUAAAAACUUAUGAUAAAUAUGACGAGAAAAGAUAUUCUAGAAAAAGAAGUAGUGAUAAUAGAAGUGAUUAUUAUUAUAAAAAAUAUGAAGAAAAAAGAAAAGGAAAAAAUACAAAUAAUCAUGAUAAAAAAUAUGAUGAUAAUACUUAUAAUACAUUAUAUGAAAGAAAUUCAUAUGAUAGAAAAUCAUCAAGUUAUAAAUAUAAAUCAAAACAUAGAGAUGUAUCACAAAUUAAUAACAAAAGAAUGAGUAAUAAAUAUAAUGAGAAUUAUUAUUCAGAUUCUUCAAAUGAUAAAUAUUCAACUCGUUAUAGUAAAAAAGAUUUGUAUGGGAGAAAUAAAAGUAGUAGAAGUACUAGUAGAGGCAAAUCGUAUAACAAUAAAUACAGUAGAAAAAGUAUUGAGGGAAUCAAAAAAAACAAACAAGCAAGUUAUAGAUAUGAUGAUAAAAGAGAUAGUCACUUAAACAAUUAUUAUCCUAAUCAUAGUAAUGACAUGAAAAAUGCUCCUCCUGAUGAUACUAAUGAUGAUCAUGAAAAUGAUAAUAGUUAUUAUUAUAAUGAAUAUUAUAAGGGAAAUAAUAAAGCUCGGGAUAGGAAACCAUUAGGGGGAAAUGAAGAUGAUACCAAAGAAGAAAGAGAACAAAAUGAAGAAAGAAAUGAUGAACAACAAGAAGAACGAAAAGUACAAAAUGAUUACGAUGGAGAUUAUAUAUCUGAAUCUUAUCAAUAUAAUAAUAAAUAUGAUUAUAAAAAAAAAGGUUAUGAAAAAGAAAGAAGAAAUAAAACAACGUACGAAGAAGAAAAUGAUAAAGAUUAUGAAAUAGAAGGAAAUGUAGAUAAGGAAUAUACAUCUAAAAUAUAUCAUUCAAAUAAAAAAGAUAAUUAUAAAAAUAAAAAUUUUAAUAAUGUACCUUAUGAUCAGAAAAUGAGUAAUAGAAAAAAUAUAAAAUCUAGAGAUAAUAAUAAUAAUAAUAAUAAUAAUAAUAUUAAUAAAAUGAAAAACACAAAGAAUAUGAAAAAUGUAAAUGGACCCAAUAAUAAUAUGUUAAAAGGAAAUAUACACGAUGAUAAUAAUUUUAUGUAUUAUAAUAAAAUGACUGGAGAACAAGAAAUGAACACUAAUCAAAAUUAUAUGGAUAGUAAUGAGGAUAAUUAUAUAGAUGGUAAUACAAAUAAUAAUUUCAAGAAUCAUACAAAUAAUCAUAUGAUGGGUAAUAUGAACAAUUUUCUUAAUUCUAAUAAACCAAAUAAUAAUAUGAAUAAUACAACAUUUAAUAUGAUGAAUUAUAAUAAUAGUAAUCAUAUGGGUGCACAUACAUUUAAAAAUAAUAUGUAUAAUGAAGGAUCUAUAAAUUUUGUUAAUACACAUUCUAUUAAUAAUAACAUAAAUAUGAUACCACCAGAUGAUCAGAAGGAUUUUUUUAAUCCUAUAAAAAAAAAUAAUAAUCUACAAAGUACGCACAUAGAUACUAAUAAUAAUAUCAUACCACCUCCACCAAGUACAGAUAAUAGAUUUUUUAAUAUUAAUAGAAAAAGUUUGUUAUUAAUUCCAAAUGAUAAACAAAUGAAAAUUAGUAAUAUGAGUAAUACAACAGGUAUGCCAUAUAAUCAUGUUAAUAUGAUGAACAAGCCAAACAUGAUAAAUAAUCCAAAUAUGAUAAAUAAUCCAAAUAUGAUAAAUAAUCCAAAUAUGAUAAACAAUUCAAAUGUUAUAAAUAGACAAUCUCAAGUUUCACUUCUGAAUAAUACCUUUACUGAAUUUGAAAUGAAAGAUAAAAAUAUAGAAAAUAGUAACUUGAACAAUGCACCAAAUAUAAAUAUUACUUCAAAUAAUAACAUCCCCCCCCCACCAGAUACAGAUAUAAAUAAGAACAAGAUGAUUGCUCCCCCACCUUAUGCUGGCGAUAAUACAUCAUCUGUUAAUCCACAUAUCCCAAAUUUUCAUAGCGGUGUAAUAAAUAGAAAUUCGAUAUCACCUAUCUACCCCACACCAAUAAGAAGUAAUAAUAUGAUAAACAAUAAUAUGAUGAAUGCUGAUGGUACGGUGUUACCUGCAAAUAUGAAUCAUCCUAAUACUAUGCUGAAUGUAACAAAUAAUAUGAUGGUGAGUGCUCAUCCUAUGAAUAAUGAAAUGAAGAAUAUGUCAUUUAAUAAAAAUAUGAAUAUAUCAAAAACAACAAAUAAUAAUGUGGUUCUUACGAAAAAUGUAAAUAGUUUAAUGAAUAUCCAAAGGGAACCCCACAUAAAUACAUAUAAUAAUCCUUUAGGUUUUAAACCUUUGAAUUAUGAUGACCCAAAUAAUAUUCCUAUAAAUUAUGAUGAAGGUGCAUGGUUUAAUAAUAACCAAAUGAAUGGUACUAAUAAUAAUAUGUAUCAUAUGAAUGAUAAUGUUUUGAAACCUAAUGAAGACCUUAUUCGUAUGAGUGGAAUAAAAGACAAUAAUAAUAAUGAAGAAGAAGAAGAAGAAGGAAAUGAGAAAAAAGAAAAAGAUAAUAAAAAUAUGUUCAUACAAACACAUCAUCAUAAUAAGGAUGAAUUAUUAUCAAAUCGAAAUAAUUUUAUGAAUAAUGAAAAGAAAGAAUUAACAAAAGAAGAAAAAUUACAUGAAUGGUUAGAAUAUGAAUUAACAAAUCAAACAAAUAUUAUAUCUGAUGCAAUACAUUUAAUGCCCAUAUAUCUGACAAAAAAUAAAAUAGUACCAUGUAAUAAUGAUAUUAUGUUAAAGAACAAAAGUAGUCAUAAUAAAAAAUAUCAAAUAAUAAAUAAAGAGUUAAUAAAUAAAAUAAAAAAUAAAGAAAAAGAAAACUAUUUUCAAGAUAUACUAAAUAAUAUGAAAUAUACACAAAAAGAUGAUUUUUUAUUUAAAGAAAAAAUGUCAUAUAAAUUUAUAGAACUGCAAACUAUUAAUUCAAUGGAACAAUCAAAUAAAUAUAUAACAUCUAAAAUGAACAGAACGAAUAAUCAUAAAAGAACAAACCAUAUGGUACUUAUGGUUGAUGACCAAAAUUGUUUGGAGAAAUUAAGGAAUCAUAUUUUAUCAAAUAAUAAUCCAAAAAAAAAGAGUCCUAAACAAAAUGGAAAAAGUAAUUAUAUUUUCAGAAAGGAGCAACAACAAGAAAAAGAUCAAGAGGAAAAAAAGGGAGAAGGAGAGGAAGAAGGAGAACAAGAGGAAGAGGAAGAGGAAGGGGAAGAAGGAGUUGAUGAAUUUUUAACCCAUUUUGCUAGUACGAAUGAAAAUUUAUUUACACAUGUUAAUUAUAACAACACAAAAGAUAAUGAUGUGACUUCAAAUUUGUCAGAUAGGUUAAAAGACGACAAUAAUAAUAAUGAUAAUAAUGAUAAUUAUAAUGAUAAUAAUAAUAAUAAUGAUAAUAAUAAUGAUGAUGAAAUAAAUGAGGGUAGUAAUAAUAAUUUCUUCUUAAAUCUUAUGAAAUCCAAAUUGAAAAAUCCAUUUUCUCUUUUAACAACAUUGAGCACAAAAAAUAAAGAAGAUACAGAGAAGAAAACAGAUAAUAUUGAUACAACAAAUAAUAUAGAUAAACACAAUUCCCCCAAUUCAAAAAAUAAUGACAAUAAUAAUAAUAAUAAUGAUGAUGUUAUCCAACAAAAUAAAAAUAUCAACGAUUUAUUAGAUAAAAAUAAUUUCAGCUAUAAACUUUAUUUACUCUCAUUAAUGCAAGACAAAAAUAAAAAUUUACAAACAGAACAAUUAAAUAACCCUGAUUUAAAUACAAAACAAAAAAAUAAAAAUUAUACACUCACGCUUAAAGACAAAAUAGACAUCUCUUCAAUCAAUUUAUUCUUUUUAAAUAAUUACACUAUCAGAUCCGAGGAUUGUAUUAAUACAUUUUAA